ACUAUCUGGAUCGGCAUGGCGUUAGAAACGGUGAGAGGCAUUUUAUGUCUCGUUUUACUGACAAAAACUCUUUUAUGCAAUGGAUUUAAUUUAGAUGCUAGAUUUUCUGUGAUAAAACAAGGAGAUGUGGAUGCUUAUUUUGGAUAUUCAGUUGCUGUACACCAAAUUAUCGACGAAAACAGCGGUGAAGUGACAGAGGAUUUAUUAUUAGUGGGAGCACCAAAAGCUGAUGUACCAGAAAUUAAUGUCAAACGUGGUGGCGCCAUAUUUAAGUGCCCUUCAGGAACAACUUUUGAGAAUGACUGUCAAAGACAAUCGGCAGAGCCUUUCAAUGUCCCACCUAGUGAUGUGGAAGAGAUGGAAGACCAAUGGUUAGGGGUAGUUCUGCAAAGUCAGGGGGCUGGCAAAAAAAUUUUAACAUGUGGUCAUCGGUACCGUAGAAAAGAGAAUGGUAUUGGUGUAUGUUAUACGUUAUAUCAAGGUCUUGAUUAUCAAGCUCCAUGGCGACCGUGUAUGGGACGCCCAGACAGCCAUGAUCAUGAACAAUUUGGAUUAUGUCAGUCUGGUCUCAGUAGUCUGUUGACUGAGGAUGAUGGUUUAGUUAUUGGUGCCCCUGGGUCAACAUAUUGGAGAGGUGUUGUAUUUCGAUCAAAUAUCAGUGAGGAACUGGGUGUUGACAAGAAUUGGUAUAAAUCACCUAUACCAGUAGAAGAAGGUUCAGAAAGUAAUACCCAAGCUCCACCUGUAGAUAAAUAUGCUUAUCUAGGUUAUUCAGUAACUUCUGGAAUAUUUGAUCAAACUAAAGAAAGAUAUUAUGUAUCUGGUGCUCCACGAUCUCUACAAACAGGGGAGGUAAUCUUCUUUACCAAGAGUACAGCAGAUGGCAGUUUAAGAUAUGCUGAAAACCAGAAACUUAAAGGAACGAAAAAUUUUGCAGCGUUUGGUUAUUCUCUUUUAUCUGUAGACAUAAAUAAUGACAAGUAUGAUGAUUUAAUAGUUGGAGCACCAUUUUAUCACAGUAAAAAUGUAGGAGGAGCUAUUUAUAUCUAUCUUGGUGGAGGAAGUAUGAUCAACAAUCUACAGACGCCUACUGAAAUAUUGAGUCGAAAUAUGAAUGAUGCUGAAUGUAAGCUACUACAGUGUGAACAUGCUAGAUUUGGUCUCAGUUUUACUCGUCUUGGUGAUAUAAAUAUCGAUGGAUUUCAAGAUUUUGCUGUUGGUGCUCCAUAUGAAGGUAAUGGGACUGUUUAUAUUUACCAUGGUAACAAAGAGGGGAAGAUAACUAAUUAUGCUCAGAGACUUACAGCUGAAGAUUUAUCAACAACUGGUUUGAAAUCAUUUGGUUAUUCUUUGUCCGGUGGCCUUGACCUGGAUAAAAAUGGCUAUCCUGACCUUUUGGUGGGGUCAUUUGAAGUUGGUCAAGUUGCGCUGAUCAGAACACGUCCAAUCAUAAAUCUAAUGAAGAGAGUGACCUUAACACCAGAAAUGAUUAAUUUAGAAGAUACUCCAAAUUGUUCUUACGAUGGGGUACAACGCCACUGUAUUCAAAUUGAGAUAUGUUUACAAUUUACAGCUGAACCAGCAGAAAGUUUUCAAAACCGUCCAAAGAUAAAUUACCAUAUUGAAGCUGAGAAGAAUCGAGGAGUACUAAUUAAUCGUUUAGAUUUAAAGAACUCGAUACCUGAUACUAACAAUAGGAUUAUUAAACGUCGUAUGACUUUACGCAGACAGGGUUUAGAUGGUACACCAAGUAAAGAAGUCUGUGAAAAAGAAAUAGCUUAUCUUAAGGAUAAUUUUGCCGAUAAGUUAAAUCCAUUAGAGUUAACAAUACAGUAUAGUUUAGAUGAUGUACCUUAUACUAAACCUACACCUGGCGACGAACCUCUAGAUGUUAACGAAUAUCCAAUCCUAGCUACAGACGCCAUUGAUAAAGAUUCUGAAGCUGUAACAAUGACAGCAACUGUUGAUUUUGUAAAAGAAUGUGGUGAUGAUAACAAGUGUGAUAGUAAUUUACAGUUUAAUGCUAAACUAGGAUUACCAAAAGAUAAAGAUGGUAAUUAUGUAUUAAGUAUGGGAGAACUAAGUUUUAUUGAUUUGGAUAUCAGUGUUAUAAAUAUUGGUGAAGCUGCAUAUUUUACUAGACUAUUUAUUACGAAACCAGAAAGUCUACGAUAUCGAAGAACAGAGGUUAAAAAUACAACCACAACUCAGCAAUCAAAUGUUAAGUGUGCACCAAGUACUGAGAAUAAAACAUUGAUAGAAUGUGAAGAAAUAGGAAACCCCUUACCCCAAGAUCAGAAAGUUUUCUUUCUCAUCCGACUUGAUGCUGCCGAUCUUGAGGCAUCACAAGAUGUAUUAGAACUGAGAGUCUGGGUUAAUACAACAAGUUCAGAGUUAACUAAAGAAAGUGACAGUAUUAGCAUGCCUUUCCGUGUUAUAAAUCGUGCAGAUAUUGGUGUCAAUGGUAUUGCACAACCAGAUGAUCCUAUUAUAUAUGGUCGUGAUAUAUAUGGACAGGAUAGUAUUAAAAUAGAAGAUGAAAUCGGACCAGCUAUUAAUCAUACAUUUGUGGUGACCAACUAUGGUCCUGGUACAGUCACUGAAUCUACAUUAUAUAUUGAGUGGCCAUAUGAGUUAAUUAAUACUGAGGGAAAAUAUCUACUGUAUAUGAUGCAAGCUCCAUUAGUUAUGUCAGGCAAUGCUGAAUGUAGAUACAAUCCUGAAAUAGUUAAUCCUAUUGGUAUAAAGGAAAAUCCACGAUAUAUCAUUCGCCCUAGAAACGAUCUAAUAGUUCAACAAGGAGUAAUACCAGGAGGUGUAUUAGAAUAUAAAGAAAAACCAAGUGAGAUACAAGAAGGGGGUAGAUCAAGACGUAGUGCUGACCGUGUCAAGAGAGCUGAUAACAAUGUUAUUUUGGGAUGUAAAAGAGAUACAGCUAAAUGUCACACAAUAACAUGUAGCUUAGGUGAAUUGGGUCCUAGAGAUUAUGUAACUGUUACUAUCAGAGCUAGAUUGUGGGAAAAUACUUUAUUAAAGGAUUUCCGUAAAGUACGAGAAGUAAAGAUUCGAUCACGAGCCGAGUUAGUGAUAGAUUCAGCUUUAAAUGUAGAACAAACAGAUGAUACUAAUGAUAUAACAUAUGCUGUAACUAUAGCUAUACCUGAUGUUAAAGUAGCUGAACCUAAAGGUAUAGAAUGGUGGAUUAUAUUGAUAGCUGUAUUAGCGGGAGUAUUAUUACUUGUUAUAUUAAUACUUAUAUUAUGGAAAUGUGGAUUUUUCAAAAGAAAGAAGCCAGAAGAUAUGCAGACAUAUGAAGUCAAGUUUGAAAAGAAAAAAGAGUUUGUGGAAGAAUAUUACGAUUAAAUUUAGUUGCUUUUAGCCAGACACAAAGAAAUCAUGAAUAUUUGUAUUUUCUAGCAGCUAAUGAAUAUUCAUAUCUUCUAGCAGCUAAUUAAUAUUCAUAUUCUGUUCCUAGUUCUAGGACCUGUAAGAACAUUCCUUAUUUAUAUUAAAACAAACAGGCCACAGGAACUUGUGAUAUGCAAAUCAUAAGUGUGCCUUUUUUUUUAGAACUAAAUGUACAUGGUUUUAAAUUUCACUCAUUGCUCUCUGCGUUUUUCAAUUUGUGACUUUUGCUUUCAUAUUUUGAUUUGUUUACAUAUUGUGAUGCUAACUACUCACUUGUUUCGCAUUGUGGCUUCAACCUUGAUAUCUGCUUUCACAUUGUGACGUGACCUAUCACAUUGUGAUAUCUGCCCCCACAUUGUAUUGGCCUUCAAAUUGUGAUCCUAACUUUCACAUUGUUAUAUCUGCCUUCACAUUGUGUCAAAUACUUUGUGACGUCCUCUUUAUAUCUUGAUGACAUACUAUAUUACUUGAAGACUUCCAUCUUGUUUUUGUGGUGUUUUUCAUAAAUUGUGUUAAUCCGGAUUAAAGAUUAGAAUGUAUUAUCAUGUUAAAUUGUAGAUUGUAAGGGUAUUUAUAGCCUUUCUCUACAACAUGUGUAUUUACAUAAUAUUUACAUUAAAAAAAAUAGAAGAAAAUAGAAAAAUGAAAGUUUUGAUUUUAUGUUUUGUGAGUGAGAAAUAUUUUUAUCAUUCAAAAUCAUGCCCAUUCCAGGAUAUUAUCGAUGUUGCAUAUAACUUGGUUUUUUUUUUUGUUAUAAACAUAAAUAAUACAAUAAAGAUCUGACAUAUACUCAGGGACAGUAUUAAGACAAUAUAUAAUUACUGAAAAGAAAACAAACCAAAAUCAUCAGGGAUACAAUUUAGAACCAACUAGGUAGAAGAUAAAACACCCCUUUUAAUUAGUUGACUUGUCUAAACUUGAUACAUAAAGUAUAUUUUAGAUUGACUUAUGUUAUAUUUGAGGGUUGUAAUGAUAUAGAUACAGUGUGUAAGAUGAUUUAUGUUUGGAAAUAAAAAAAUAUGUUCAAGUAUACAAGUUAAAAUGAAUAGGAUAAAGAAGAAAAAAUUGGCUUCCCUAAAUACCUAUGGAGUGUCUUUUUUGGAUCAUAUUUUACACAUAAGGGUGUCAGUGGAUGUUAUAUGGCCAUAUCUUUUGUUUUAUUCCCCAGAUUUCUCACUCACUUAACAUAAAUCUAUAAUAUUUACAUAUAUAUCAUGAUUUAUUUGUUCACGUUUUUUUAUUCAGUAUUCUAGUAUUACAUGUUCAACAAAAAAUUAAACCAUUUCCUUUAACUACUGAUGGUGUGAUUUACCAUAAAAUCCACAAUAUUUUGUGAUUUAUCCCAUGUUAUAAAACCAAUAAUUAUGUCAAUAUCCAUGUUAUCAAACCAAUAAUUAUGUUAACCAUAAAACUGGUAAUGAUAUUCUUAACCAUAAUUGACUAAUGUGUGUGCUUCCAUUAUGCUUAUUUUUUAUGUACAACAAAUGAACUGAAUUAUGUUUUAUAAUUUUAACAUUAACUGGUUGGUGGCAACUUCUAUCCAUGCCUAAAUCGGGACAUAAAAAGAGUGACCUGUUGACCUGCACAAUGUGCUACCAUGAAAACUCAUUUAAAUUCCACCUAGACCUGUGAUGUGCACCAUGGUUGGUUUAUGAAUAUGUUACCAUGGAAACAUAGUAUUAAAUGUUAUUGUUUAAUACAAAUAUUAUAGUGCUUUAUAGAUCUAUGAGUGUCUAACAGUGUGUUAAUAAUAGUGAUUUUGAACCAGUACUGCGAUGUUGAGAUUACAGUAAUAAUAAAGUAAAGAAACUUGUGACAACUUCUGUUUAAAUACACCUUGAGACUAGUAUACAGAUUAUAGAUAGUAAAAAGUAGAAUUUGAUAAUAUACAUAAUAACUUGGGCAUUAUUUAGAUAUUGUGGUCAUUGUAUAUCAGUUUAAAACAUUAUAUAUAUCUAUUCAUAUAUCAGUGUAUGCUUGGCAGUAAAAUAUUUUGGGUUUUUUUUUUAAUCAUUUGAAAAUGUAUGUGUUGUGUGAACUUUUUAGGGUUUUAAUUAUUUUUGGUAUUGGUAUUGUACAUAUAUCCUACAUUUUUUAUUUCCUUUCUUUGAUGGGGGUUUCCAUGCUCAUUCAUUCCACUUUGUAAAAAAAAAACCAACCAAAAAUAGAUGUUUUUAUUUUUUAAAACAUUUAUAAACAUUGCAACUGCCACUCCAUACUUAAUUAAUAAAUUAAUGCCUUUCUUGUACAUAUAAAUUAAUUUGAAAUUAAUUUUGGUAUCUAGAUUUCAAUCCUUCUUUGUUCCAUAAGUAAUGAAACAUAGUUCUUAUUCUUGACACAUGAAUUGUGCACUUUUGAUAUUACCUUAGAUGUAUGCCCAGAUAACCAAUAAAAAACUGAAAAUAUAUAUUUUCAAUAUAUCCUUCAAACAAAAUAAAGUUAUUGACUUUACAGGGAUUUCAGUGCUUGUGGUUGACCAAUCAGUUACGUGCUUGUUGUAUAUAUUGGACAAUAAUUAAUGUAUGUGUGUAUGUUAGUAUGUACAUGUAGCUUAAGUUUUGUGCUUUAUGUCUUUGCUUUAGAUGCUUUUUAAAGCAAAUAUUUAAGCAUGCUUUGAGAUAAUUCUCUCCACAUUUAUCUAGCAAUGUUUCUAUGUGUUUCGAUAGCUUUCUGUGCUAAUAUUGCCUUUUUGUAACAAUCAUGGUUUCUUUUUUUGUGAUAAAUUGGGAUUGACUUAACUGUGACCCCUCUAAAAAGAACUUUGCUAGUCUCAAAUUCACAAAACAUUGGUUUUAGUACCAUUACAUUUAUUUUCAUUUAUGUUUUAAAGAGUUACACCUUGUUGGGAUUAUUUUGCGUGUAGUAUGGCUCUUCUGUGCUUACUAUAAGGAUAUUUCAGCUUGCCUGAGCAUUUCAAAAAUAGAAAAGGAAUCAAAAAUAUAAAUAAAGAAAACAUCAUAAUUAUGUAUGUAAUACACAAAAUGUAAUCAUGUAGUUUUCUAGGUAUGAAAUAUGUUACAAGGUUAAUGAGGUCAUUCUUUCGAACCCCGAAAGUUUAUCACUAUAUUAUGAUGCUUGAUUAGGCUGAAGAUGAUUAUAAAGGUUGUUAAAAUGAUUUUAAUAAUUCCUGUCAGUCGGCAUCAAUUUUAAUACAGAAACUGUAAGGGCAGCAUAACACAGAUUAUAGUAAACAUAAAAGAUAGAUAUAUUACUCAUUAGAUAGUAGCCUAAUUUAAAUCCCAAUGAUCAAAGGAAUAAUAAAAAGAAAUCAUGAAUUUGUUAUUGAGGUGGAUAUCAUGUUUUUUAUGAUGUAAAUAGUUGAAUGAUAUAAUGUAGCACUGUAAAUAUUACUCACAAGAUAUAACUGAGGCACGAAUGAUUGAGAAUUUGAAAAAUUUUAUUAUUUUGAUAAAAUUAUUUGAUUGAAUUCUAACUUAAUGCAAAGAAAAUUAAAGGGUUUUAUUACAAAAUCAUGUGAAAAAAGACUUGUGAAAAUGAGGUAAAUAAUUUUGACAGUAGCCAUUAUAAAUUCCAAUGUUUUAAAUGUUCUACUAGGAAGACGACUAAAAUGUUCUUGUCAAAGGAGUUAAUCUGACUAUUGUUGCCACACGUUCUUGUAUAUUGAACAAAGUGUAGUAUUAUUUAAUAUAGGAUGUAUAUGUAGCUUAAAAUGUAUUUAUUUUAUAUAAGUAGUUAGUUAGAUAGUUUAUAUACAAUAUUAUGGAAACCCAAUCAGCAUUUUAUUUGUAAUACAAAAUGCUUAGUUUUAUAUAUCUACCAUAAUGAAAGAUGGAUAAAAAGCUGAUUGGUCCAUGCAGUACACCAUGUCUACAUGUGGAGUCUUAUGUAUAUGUAUAACUGACUGUUUCUUGUUCAAAUUCCUAAUUCUUGGUUACACUGCACAGUGCAGAAUAUGACUACUUGCUGCAUUUGCUAUAUUCUAUAGCACUUCAGCUAUAAGUUUCACGGAUCAAAAUCAUGGUCCUGAUUUAUUGAAUGUUACAAGGACAUAAUAUUAAAUGUGGGAGAACCGCACUACAUAUAAACAAACAGAAACCUGCAAGCAAUGCACAUCACAGACCAGACACAGACAUUAUGAGCAAUAAACAAUAAGGGUACCAUCAAGUGAAUUAUAAUGUUAUUUAAAGAUUUCAGCAGUUUCCAUCGACAUCAUGUCAAUUUUAAAACCCAUUAUUGGUCUUAUAAUUCAUAUUUGAAUAAAAUUCUUAGAAUGAUCCCAAGUAAGACAUUAUGGUUGUAUAUUAUACAGUAUUUUGUUUAUAUAAUCUUAACCUUAAGAUCUUAUGUUAUUUUAUGGUUGACUUUAAAUAACUUAUGUAAACCAUCAAGAUCAGAACAAAAUUAAUUAUGAGUUACCCAGAGGAAUUCCUGACAUCUGAUUACUUCAGAAAAUGACGUUAAAUUAACAUUAAAAACAUGACCAAAAUGAUGGUUAACCGACUGACCAUUUGAUGUAAAGUUUACGUAAAAUUAGCGUCAUGAUGUUAUGUGGGAAAGUGUUUCGGCGAAGUAAGGUCUCGAAAUAUUAACCAUACAUUAUGCAAGAGCUAAAUCUGCCUAUUUCAAGUCUUUAUUUAGGCAUCAGAUGUUAUAGAAAUUGUUAAUUGAUCGGGCCUUUAUUUACACGACAAGCUCAAACUCAACUCUGUAGACCCACGGAUGGCUUGGAUACGUUUGGAUUUAAACAGUCGUCCAUUUAAAAUUAAAUCAAUAAAUGGCGGACCAAGCUAACGUUUACCGUCAGUCGCUGAUGUCACUGCCGGAAACUGGUGAUGAAAGGCCUGCCAAGCGAGGCUACCAUAGCCAUUGAGCACGUAAUUAGACUGAAAUUUUCAACAUUUUCUUUUUUUAUCAUCUAUUUUUGAAUUAUUAUAGCAAGAAUGGACAACUCUUUAUAAAACUCUUAACUAAUGUAUCUUUAAUCAAGUAGUUCUUAACUGACACCCCCCACCUCCCAAAAAACCCAACAAAAACAAACAAAUUAAUGUCCUCCUGAAGUCAGAUUUCUAGUGGAAAUUUAUUAAUUGGUUUUCAAUGGCCAUAGAAAAUCAAAAGACACUAAACAUGAUUUUCACCAUGAUUUUUUUUUAUGAUGUGACAUGAUCCUCAGAUCACUCAUUAUAUUUAAAUUUUAGAAACGUAUAUAUUUGUAAGUGUUAGAGGACCGCCACAAACAAAACACAUAAGACAAAUAGCCAAAAGUAUCUGCUGUAGAAAAAUGACGUAGCAAUUCGUUGAUUAACUUUUGCCUGGCUAUCAUUAUAAUAAUAAAAUUUAAAUGGGUUUUUAUUGUUUUAUGUUUGCUAAGAGCUAUCAUGCAGCUUAACUUAUUUUAUUUGGUUGUGAUUUGCCUCAAUAUUAUGAUUAUUUUUGUCAGUUUUUUGUUGUUGUUUACAUUUUGUAUUCAGUCAGCAUGUGAAAGAUUUAUAUCAGUAUAAAAGAUAUUAUAGAUUUUGUAUCAUGAAAUAAACACGUUGACAUUUAUACUGUAGAUUUAUUUAUAAAGGAAUAAAGAACUUGUACAUACA